GGGUGGGAAUAUGUCGUUUACUCAAUUUGUGGACUGAAAACAGCAUAUGAGGCUUUGCCCUAGUGCCCUUUCUUAAAAAACAAAAAGGCACAAGCCCCGUCAAAGUCCCCAAAAGAACAUGUCCCUCUUCAAACCCAAAAAGCUACACAACUCAACUCAACUAGUCUCAUUGCCUCUUCAUGUUCCCAAAAACACAACUCAAAUCAAACUCCAACUCUCAACUCCUUCAUGUAUUUAGACUCAUAACCAUCUUUGUUCUUGUCUCUGUGACGCUCCUCCUCCCAAAUUGAGAUGGCUCUCGUGUACAAAGUCUCCCUUUCUUCUUCUUCUUCUUCUUCUUCUUUCUCCUUUGCAAACACCAAAUCUUUUAACCCCGUCAACCCAAAUACCAUUUCUUGUUCUUUGCAUUUCAAAAGCUCUUCUUCUUCUUCUUCGCCUUUUACUGAGAAACACUCGUUAGAAAGAUACCAAAGGGACAAUUGGCUUUAUAAUGUUAAACAACAAGAACCCACCUCAUGUUCUAUCUCCUCUGACCCAGAAUCCAUAAGACAAAACGACAUCGCUUUGCAGCUGCCAGAGUUGAAGAAUCUACUUCAGGUGUUGAGAGAGAAGCGAGAGGAAAAGUGUGGUGAUGGUAAAGGUGAAAAAUGUGGGCCAGGAAAUGUGUAUUUGGUGGGGACGGGGCCCGGAGACCCUGAAUUGUUGACUGUUAAAGCAAUGAGAGUGAUACAAAACGCUGAUCUUUUGUUGUAUGAUAGGUUAGUUUCAAAUGAUGUUCUUGAUUUGGUGGGUCCAAAUGCUAGACUUCUAUAUGUUGGCAAAACUGCUGGUUACCAUAGCAGAACCCAGGAGGAAAUACAUCAGUUGCUUCUAAGUUUUGCUGAAGUUGGAGCUAAUGUUGUGAGACUCAAAGGGGGAGAUCCACUGGUAUUUGGGAGGGGUGGAGAAGAGAUGGAUUUUCUGCAACAGCAAGGAAUUCAAGUGAAGGUUAUCCCAGGUAUCACUGCUGCCUCAGGGAUUGCAGCAGAGCUAGGGAUUCCAUUAACACACCGAGGUGUUGCAAAUAGUGUUAGAUUUCUCACAGGGCACUCAAGAAAGGGUGGAGCAGAUCCUCUGUUUGUAGCUGAGAAUGCAGCAGACCCUGACUCAACCUUGGUUGUUUAUAUGGGCUUGUCAACCCUCCCUUCUCUUGCCCUGAAGUUGAUGCAUCAUGGUCUGCCAUCAAAUACACCAGCUGUUGCAAUUGAGAGAGGGACGACACCUCAACAACGUGUGGUUUUUGCAGAAUUGAAGGAUCUUGCUCAUGAAAUUACUUCGGCAGAAUUGUUAUCACCAACAUUGAUCAUCAUUGGAAAUGUUGUUUCACUUUCACCAUUUUGGCCACAUUCUUCAAAAGAAGUACCUUGUUUUGCUGGGGCUAUAUAGACAUAUCCAAGGCACACAGAUGAGUCUACUGUUGUCCGAGAUUUGUUUUUGGCUAAUAACUCCUUCCAUUCGUUCACAUUCAACCAGACAAGUUGCAAUGCUGCCUGAUAAGUCUUCUUGCGGUGAAGUUAGAUGCUGCCCCAGAUAUGGAUGCACACUUUGUUUUGGUAUUUAUUACAAUUUUUAUAUCGAGAAUGUGUUGGGAAUGAGCUGCACUGGACAUACAAGAAUCUUGUUCAGUGCUUCGGAUCAAUCAGACUUUCAUAGUGAAGUCUUGAUUAAAUUUUUCACACCAAGAAAAUAAAAAGCACAGCCUUGUCAUUGUCAUUCCAGCCUUCUGUGUUGGCUUCCUUUGAGUUAAGGAUGGGAGCUUUGAGUAGAAAGUUUUGUAGCAUGAAACGGAAUUUGUACCGUUGUAAUUAUUUUUAAUAACAUUAUUUAAGGAAUGGGCAUGUCGCUAUUCAAUUUAUUCCAUAAAAUCGUUUUUGAUCU